AUGCUACGCUCCUUGCUUUCCUUGGGCCGCAUGGGCACCAGCGCUAACGACUACCUCUUUCCCAAAGUGGAUCCUAAAGAGGACGGCCCCGAAUGUUUAAAAGACUGCGCAGACUGCACAACUCAAUUCCCAUCAAAGUCAAAGUCGAGACCUCAAGAGCUCUCUAUGGAAUUUCAAGUCCAUGUUCUCGUAGCAACGGGCCAAUCUGACUGGAAGGAAAAGAAUGUCGAAAAUAUAAAAGGAAGUUUGAUGGAAUCAUUCGAUGGGGCGAAGUCAGACCACGGCCACAUAAAAGUCUCGGCAUCAAAUAUCACUCGUCCAGAACAGCCAACCACGGACAAUUCUGACCAGGGCACGACAGUCCUGAUUCUACCAUCAUUCACAUACGUCGACUCCGUCACACAGACAGACGUUCCAGACCUAAUAGCCAGAUUCAUUGACCACCCUAUCGAUCAUCAAAAUGGAAACGGCACUAUCUCUCCCGUCAAUGGAAUGAGCGCUCGACCCUGUGAACUUGACUACGUGAUCCUACUAUGCUCGCACGGACGCCGAGACGCGCGCUGUGGUAUUACAGCGCCACUCAUUAAGCGUGAGAUGGAGCGGCAACUCCGUCCGCUGGGGCUGGACCGGGAUGCGGAUGACUCUCGGCCUGGCGGGGCGGGCAUUUUCUUUGUGUCGCAUGUCGGCGGGCACAAAUUUUCUGCGAAUGUUUUGAUCUAUCGCAAGAAGGAUCAACAGAUGAUUUGGCUUGCGCGGGUACGCCCUGAGCAUUGUGAAGGAAUUGUUAAGUACACUAUUCUACAGGGGAAGGUUGUGCAUCCUGAGACACAGCUGAGGGGUGGGUUUGAUCGAGUGAAAGGGUUGACGAGUUGGUGA